AUGCUCGAAUGCAAAAGGGACGAUAUCACAGACAUUGGGUUCAUUGACCCGAACACAAUGCAUGUCAAAACCAUAGAGAAUCCCCUCUAUAACAAGGAUACACCGCAGACUUUGCUAAGGUUUUUGAAGCGACAACGUGACAAAAAGCUAAUACUUUGGCCUUACAACUUCGAGUUUCACUUUAUUCUUCUCGUCAUCAAUUUGGAAAUUGGAGAAGUUGAAGUCUUGGACUCACUAAGCAAAGAAAAGGAUCUAUACGUGUCUUGUUUUUUAAUGCUCAGAAGCGUAUGGCAAACUUUCAUCAAGGAAGAUACGUCCCGUGAAUGGCCACCGAAGCUGCGAUGGCGUGCGAAAAAAUGCCCGCAACAACCUCCGGGGACCGAUCUCUGUGGAUUCUUCGUUUGCGAGUACAUCCGCAGAAUUGUCAACGAGAGAACGAAUAAUGAAAGAAAUAAAGAGUUGGCAAGAAAGCGGAACAAGCUCUCAAUCGAUGACCGCUUCAUAGCAAUAGGCGAGGAAUUGGCGGGAUUUUUCCUUCGGGACGUCAUACCACAACUCGCAGAGCACCACUAUGAAUGAAGAUGUACAUGUUACAUAUAUAGUUGACUCGAAGAGUACCACUAUGCUACAUGUAAUAGACAUAUAUAGAGUACGCCUCGGAGAGCACCACUAUGCAUGAAGAUCGAUCUUCAUGCAUAGUGCUACUUAAUUUGCGAUCUUAUGCAAUAACAUGUGUGUUAUAUUAUAUGCACCAACUUGCUAUGCAUC